AACAUGAAGGAAAUUAUGCAUAUAAAUGUAAUAUCUGUGAUCAAGGCUUCCUCCUGAAGAGAAAUUUUGUAGAACACAUGAAUGCCCACACAAAUACAAGACCGUUUCAGUGCAAUACUUGCAAUAAGAGUUUCAGCAGACGAGAAGCCCUACGCGUCCAUAAGAAAAUGCACACUGGUGAAACUCCAUAUGUGUGCAAAGAAUGUGGUAAGGCCUUCCCACUGCGUACACGGCUGGAGAUUCACAUGAGGCGACACACAGGGGAAACCCCCUACAUGUGCUUGGACUGUGGUAAGGCUUUCUACACAAGUCCACAGCUUAAUGACCAUCAGCGUAGGUAUCAGGGUACUUGCCAAGACUUAGAUUACAAGUGCCAGGAAUGUGGACUAAGUUUCAAGAAGCAGUGCGGGUUAUCAGCCCACAUGCGUAUCCAUCAAGAUGAUGUGAAGAAAAAUUUGCCUUCAUGUGACCAGCGCAAGCAAGAAAUUUCGUCUCAGCGGCAUCGUUGCAGGCCAUCUCUAGAGUCUUCCAAAGGGGAGAGUGCUGUGAAAUCCAGUGAAAUCCCAGGCCAAAAGAACAUGUCAAAUAAUCCCCGUGUUCAGCAAAAAUAUAUGUGUGACUCAUGCAAUAAGGCUUAUACAUCCCUUCAUAGUCUAAAGAGGCAUUUUAAGACUCACUCACACAACAAGGAAAUGCAAAAGAUCAAAACAACUGGAACCGGUGCAGAAAACAAUGGAGGAAAAUCAUAAGCUAGUAAAAUCAAGAAAUGUUUUUAUAAUCUUCAUCAGUUUUAGGUUCCAUGACUUUUGUAACAGUUAAUCGAAAUUUCUGUGCAAUAUGUCUCAUCUUUUUUAAUUGUGCUAGCGUAUGCAUUUAAUUUUUGACACAAAAAUAAGCUUUGUGAUCUGUUACUUAAAUAGAUUCAACUUUAAUGCAUUUCUGACAAGCCCUAAUUUAACAAUUACCUGUUAUUUAUUUAUUUAUUUAGAUAGCUUUGUAAUCUGUGAUUAAUUGUAUUUGGUUAGAGAUAUAAAAUGUUACUAGUGUAUUUAUAAUCCUGUUGAUGUUUGAAAUCACAUUUAUUUAAUAUGUAACUGGAAAUACAUUAUAAUCUUAUAUGAAGUCAUUGCUGCCAUGUACACAUGCUUUCUAUUUGUUUAUUUUGUGAAUUAUGUUCACACAUGGAUGCCUCCAGAAGCAUUCAGUCACCAGGGAGUCAGUUAAUAUUCCUGACCUCACCCGAUUUCCCCAUUUCUCGUAUUUUCAGGGAUUUUAUUUUACUCUUCUUCCUUUUUCAAUUACCAUAGACAUAGUGACUUAGUAUCAUUAUUAUUGGUAUUAUGAUAAUUCUGAGUUUAUUAACCAUACUAAUAGCAGCAGAAAUAAGAUAAAAAGUCUGAAGAAUCAAGGAAAAGGGUAAUCAGGUGAUAUCAGGUAAGAUUAGUAACAAAUCUAAACCGUUGUGGGGCUAUAUGGUUGCACAAAAUUGACGAACUAAAAUCAUGGUCGACAUGGCUUGUAUGUACUUGUCAUUCUGAUGUUGAAGGAUAAAUGUUGAUGUUAUAUAUGAAAGAUUAGCAUGCACAUAUAUUUUUACAUCACGAAAGUACAAAAUAUUCAGUUGCUGUAUGGUCCAUAAUGAUAUAAAUGGACCUAGAAAUAAUCAAGAAAAUAUGCAGACAUCUCUUUUCCUUAAAUUGAACAAUUGUAUCCAUGAUUAUAAUUAAGCAGUAGACAAGGCAAAAACUCUGGCGAAUCUCACGAUUAAAUAACUUAUUUUUUCCAA